AUGGCUGCCACAAGCGUUCCCUCCGUCGCGACCUACAAGCCCGUGAUUGAGUCCUAUGUGCACAGCCUUGCUGGAGCGCGGGAGGACGGUGAUAUUGAUUCCCCCGUUCACGAGACCGAGUGUGCGGAGCUGCUCGACAGAAUAAAAGGAGUUCGCGAAGCGAUCGUUCCCGAGACACUUCAAGUACACAAUGCUGCUGUUGAAACCGUCUGUCGCGAGAUCGUUGUCGACAUCGUUGCUACGGUUGAUAUCUCGGAGCCAGCGUUCGCCCAGGUCUGGGUCCUCCUAGACAUCAUCAACAUCCUAUCCGACAACGAAUUAUGCGAACCAGGAUUAGGCUUUUGGCUGGUCGAGGAGCUGCUGGACAGUCAAACGAUUGAAGGCUGCAGAAAAGUUUUUGACUACCUAGAAUCGCGCAGAGAAAGAAUGACGGCGAAACAUUUCAAACAGAAGAACUUGGUCAUUCUCAGAUGCUGCAACGAAUUGCUCAGGAGACUGUCGCGAGCUGAGGAUACCGUCUUUUGCGGGCGAGUCUUCAUCUUCCUCUUCCAAAGCUUCCCACUCGGCGACAAGAGCUCGGUCAAUCUGCGUGGAGAGUUUCACGUAGAGAAUGUCACUACUUUCGAUCCAACGCCCGUCAAGUCAGAAGAUGCUAUCAAGCCGAUGGAACUCGACACAGACACACCGCAAGCAACCUCAGGCGCCCACACGCCUGCAUCAAAUAGCCAGGUUCAAGAUCACGAGAGGGCGGCAAGAAGUACACCAGUCCCUAAGACUUCCAGAUCGGAGCCCAAGGAGCAGCCCCCGGACCUCGACGCGCUGUAUCCCAAGUUCUGGUCUCUCCAAUCCUUCUUUUCUUCUCCCACGAAGCUUUUCGAUCCUGCCAACAUGACUGCAUUCAAAGACGGCAUGGCUGAGACCCUCUCCUGCUUCAAAUCAGUCUCGAAUAGUUCAGGCUCUUCUACAAAUCCUACCGAUGUGAAACGCGGCUUGAAGCGCAAGCGCCAUGAUGUUGACAUGUCGUCCGUCUUGACGUCGACAUUCAAUCCCAAAUACUUGACAAACAGAGAUUUGUUCGAUCUCGAAAUUCACGACAUUGCUUUUCGCAGACACAUCCUCGUACAAGCACUGAUCAUGCUCGACUUCUUGCUCAGUCUAUCUCCGAUCGCCAAAGCAAAAUUCGAAGGUCUUACCAACAAAUCGGUACUAUACCCCUUCGUUCUCUCCGAAGAAGAUACCAAGUGGGCACAUUCUACUCGUUCGCAAAUUGCAGCUUAUCUACAACAAGGCGGAAACGGCAAUGAAGGGAAAUUCUACUACCGCAUGGUAGACACGAUCUUGUCGAGAGACAAAAACUGGGUGCGAUGGAAAGCUGAGAAUUGUCCGUCGAUAUCGCGCGAUGGUGUCUCGCCGCAGAUAUAUCUCGAAUCCCAGGAUACGCUCACGAAACUUACAGAGUCGGCACGAGCACCGCUAGUCAACCCGCCCGGGGCAGCUGACCUAGCUUUCCUCUCGAAAGUUGAACCUCUCGAAGCCCUCAAGCAUCCUUCAAAACGCCGUCAGGUACCAAGUUUAGAGGAAUACUACAAGGGUGUUGAGCGGGAUGACCUAGACAUGGAUUUUGCGAUGACAGACGAGGAAAAGAAGGAGAUUGAAGAGAGAAAGGCCGGAAAGGUGUGGAGGGCAUUGCGUGCCAGCAAGAAUCGGUUCGUUAUGUGCGAGAAGGUGCAGUAUGGAGGCGACUUGAAAGCUCUGCUGGGGGCUGACACCCUCGACGACCAAGGCGAAAAGGGUGGAGAGGCCGAGGCUGAGGCGGAAGAGGCCAAAGGGAAGGCUGAAGGGAAAGAGAAUGGAAUUGCAGAGGAAAAAGGAUAUGGCGACGACCAUGCAGAAACACAAUCACAACACGAAGGGGAGACAGAUGCGGUGCGUGACAUAUCGCAAUCCACGCCUCGGCCAGUCCCGGAUCUGCCUGUAGAAGCCACAGCCUCCAAGAUCGAAGACGCGGAAAUGGCGGAUUUAGCUGAUCCCGCUUCUGCUCCUGACACGCCUGGCAAGGCAGAAGAGACGAAGAAUGGCGUGGCUCUGAGUGAUUGA